AGUCUCCCGGAAGCACACGAGACUUAUAUGCCGGCAACGGCGUUGCGGCUACGCACCCACUGCGCCAAACCUUGAUUGCGUAGUGGAAAAGUCAACAUGUAUACUCAGUUCAGACCAAGCGAGCAAUCGCAGAUGGAGAUGCGGCAGAAGAGUCGGCUCCACGACCCGUUCUUUGGCCUCAAGACCAUGGAUCUUCGGCCAGAGUCGGUUGCGACGGAAAUCAUGGACACGGAUUGGGAUGACGACAUCAUCAGCGACAACGAGGACGAGAUGGCCAACUCGCCACGAGUGAGCCUGAACUCGUCUGGGCAGCCGAGUUUCACAACUCUUUCGUCCUACGAAGAGGCCCAUACGCCAAGGUCAAGCAGAGCUCGCGAGGCUUACCCGUUUGAUCUGGAUCCAGCCACGACGAUCCAGGGACCCAGAGGACCUCAUCUAUUCCGAUCAUCAACAUCGUCGUCACAGAACUUUGACUUUCAGGAGACCUUGACAUUGUCGCCGAUCACGCCCAAGGCCCCGAACCAGGGAAUGUACUCUCUGAUGCCGGAAACUUACUCUGCCCGGGAAAGCAUCUACCAAUUUACCCUCGAAAGUUUAGAAAUUGACGACUUGGUCUUGUGGUCGCCCGAGCAAGUCGCGCAGUGGAUGCUGGACGCAGGCGUCGAGCUCUCUGUCGCGGAGAAGUUUGUGGAAAAUGAUAUCAACGGUGCUAUCCUCAUCACACUGAAGUUUGAGGACCUUAGAGAGCUGCAGAUUCAGUCUUUUGGUGUGCGGACCAAGAUAUGGGAGGAGAUACACAAGCUGCGGGACAGCAAGCCACCAUCGCCUCGACCGGAAACACCGAUAGAAGAUGAGGAGGACAAGGAAGUGAAGCGGGAACGGAAGCAGCAGCAGAGGGCGGCCGAGUUCGCCGAGAUUGAACGCAGCGCCAGCGUCAACAGGCAAAAGAGCAUGAAGAAGAAGCGGCCCUCGCAGGAGGACAUCAUAUCGCCACUCGAGUCCGUCUCCAUUGUCGGCAUCGAACAGAUGAUGCCGAAGCUGCACACCUGCUCCAAGGGGGAGAACUGCUCCAAGUGGCGACGGAACCAGCGCCUGAUUGAGGCUUUCAAGAAGGACCACCCGUUCGUCGACAUGGACAAGGGAGGCGUCAUCAUGAUGGCUGGCAACCCGGGAAAUCCUCAGACCGCCCCUGCUCUCAACCGCCCGUCGUCGAUGGAGGCUCUGCGGCCAUUCUCUGAUGCUGUCCCAUCGGUAGUCGCAUCGUCCGACGUGAUGGGUCUGGGCGGCCUUCCUCCUUUGCAGUACCUCCAGGAAGCGGCCCUCCGCAACCUGCAGACCAGAGACCCCCAGGAUAAUGUGGUGCAGUUCCUCGACUUCCAACACCAGCACGACGGAUGUGACUCGAGCGAAGUUCCUCCCACGCCACCCUUUGAGUUGCAGCCUACUCCCCAACCACACACCGGCCUUCGCUCCCUCCCGAAGCUGUCCAUCCCGGGCCACUCCCAGAGGUCUUCACAGUCCUCACUGGGAUCCCAGCAGUCGCAGACCUCCUCUCAGCCCAUCUCGGAGCCGCCCAGGACUUUUACCCCGUACCAGAUGGAGAAGGUCGAGGCCCGGGAUCCGGCUCUGCAGACACCCAUUGCGCCGUACCGCUUUGGCACUCCUUUCUCCGACAUGGACGUUCCGGUGACCUCGGUGCCUCUCGGCCCAGUAGCUCGCGAUGCUUCGCAGUCAGUUCCGCCUGACAUGAGCUAUCGUGCCGGCCCGUCCGCCGGCAUCCCCCGCUCCAUGUCCAGAGCUUCUCGUCGUCCGUCGUUCCAGGUCAUGGAGCCCCUGGAGGAGCACGUCGCCAGUUCGAGCAUGCGACCAUCUCCCAGAUCUCCUCCUCGUCCUUCCAGGACAGCACAGCCAGCGCAGGCACCACCGAGGACUGUCUACCCCUGGUCCCCUAUCGGCGAGCCAGCCCCCAGCUUCCAGAGCACUCUUCCCUCCAACGUGGCCAGCAAGGCCAACGAGAUCCUGACCGGCGGGGUCAUCAAGGACGCCGAGGGCAUCUCAUACCAGGGCCCCGUCCGCAAGCGCAAGACAAAGAUGCUGCGGCACGAGUGGCACGAGCAGUACGCCACGCUCAAGGGCACCCGCCUGGCUCUCCACCGCGACCGCGAGUCCCGGGAGCGGACACUCGAGUACAUUGACAUUGACGACUACGCCAUUGCCUGCUCGUCGCUCUCUGCCACCAGCAAGCUCAACGCCGCCUUCAAGGCCAUGAGCAUCUCCCGGGGCGGCGACAAGCGCCGCUCCGCCGAGGACCCCGUCGGCGCCUUCAGCUUCCAGCUCAUCCCCGCAGACGGCAAGCACAUUGGCCGCCUGCGGAAGCGCGAGAGCGCGAGCAUCUCGGGCCCCGUCACGGGCAUCGCCGCGACCACGGGCGCCGCCGAGGGCGUCAACGGCACCGGCAAGACGCACCACUUUGCCGUCCGCGGCAGGGACGAGCGCAUCGACUGGAUGCGCGAGCUCAUGCUCGCAAAGGCCCUCAAGCAGAAGGGCGAGGGCUUCGAGGUCAGCGUGAACGGCAACAUGAUCUGAGCCUUGUCGCGAAGAAUGUGGUUUCACCAUCCCAGGACCACCACCACCACACCACCACACCAGGUUACCCUUUUCUUUUUUUUUAUUCAUCAAGCAUCUUCUCAAGGCGUC